UAUGUAUAGACAACUUACCGGCUGACGGCUUUCACAGGCGCCGCGAAAUAUUUGUUAAAUGUUCAUUAUUCUGUGUUUUUAAAACGUUGUUUGUAAUAAAUCAGUGUGAAUAAGGUAAUAACUAAAUAAAUUAUGAAUAGAAAUAUUUUAUGUCAACAGAUUACCAUUGACAGAACGCAACACGUGUUUCGAAAUGAUACUAUUUGUGCGCUUCGUUCAGUGUUUUUUUAAAUACAAUAACGAUCAUACAUUCUAAAGUGUCCAGAUUAGAUUGAGUCAAAUGUUUACGAUGUCAAAAAAUAUAAACAUGUCUCCAAGCAGUAGACUUUUUAAAAGGAAUAGGAAAAGACUAAUAACGAGUCUAGUCUCUACAUUGUUUGUUUUGACGAUGAUACAUAUGGAUUUUGGUCAAGAGUUUUCACGGGGUCCGCCGGCCAAUGUAUCGUGUCACUACGUAAACAGCAACUUUAGUUUGCCGCUUUUACAAUCAACUUUACCACAAAGAUCAAUAUUCUUCCACCAAACUUCUUGUCCAGCGAACCUGACCCCCAGGCAGGUCUGUUCCAUCGAAUCGGCUGCUAGAACUCAUCCGGCUUGGCAAAUUAACGUUAUAUUCUCAGGUCCUGUACAUUUAGAGACAGUGAAUGGCGUAAAAUUAUUAAAAAGCUUCACUAAUAUUAAAUUCUGGACGAUUAAUAUAAAGGAUUUCGCCACGAAUACUCCGUUGGAAGGAUUGGUUAGCAGUGGUGUGUUAAGUAAAUGCAAAUGGGGCAUGGAGCGCACGAGAGAUGUGUUGAAAUAUUUAUCAUUAUACAGGUUUGGGGGUAUAUUCUUAGAUUUGGAUAUUAUAAUUGCCCGCACCUUAGGCUCUUUGGCCAGGAAUUGGGCGGCGAGGGAAAACGCAAAUAAAGUAGGAGAUGGUAUAUUAGCUAUUUCCAAGAAUAGUAUAGGACAUAAUAUCACUGACGCUGCGAUCAGGUACAUCGUGUCAAUUUACAAGAAUAACGAUUGGUGUAAGGAAAGUCAGGAUGUGGUGAUGGGGGUGCUCCAAGAAUUAUGUUCCACUCCCGAUGCGAACUAUAUGUCCGCAGCAACUUGUAACGGUUUCGAAGUUUAUGGCUCACAAUUCUUCUAUCCAAUUGGAAAGCAAUCGGCCCGCGAAUAUUUUGUUCCGGGAGAAGUACAAGACCUCAGCGCCUAUAUUUAUCACCUAUGGGGAGAUGUUACGAGUGGAUAUAAAAUUUCUAAGUCUUCUCCAUACUCUAAACUUGCUAGAAGGUUCUGUCCUAAUGCUUAUGGUUUAUAUUACGAAGACUAAUAUAUAUAUAUUUUUAAUUGUAGGUUAAGCAAAUUUUUAGUACAUAAACAUUUUUUAUUGUAUUUAGAGCAAUUAAAUUAAUUUCCUUUUUAAUUUUUUUGUUGUAAAAUUUUGAAACAAUUUUGUUAUGAAAUCGAAAAGCAAUAAAAUGUGUUUCAAUUCAUUAUUAAAUAUAAAAAAGUAACUAUACAAUUGACUACUGUUAAUAUUACGUAUAUAUUCGAAAUUAUACAAAUAACUUUACAUGCAGAAAUAUUUUAAAACAAUUUAAAAAAAAAUGAUUUGAGAAGUAAUUUAUUCCACAAUAAUAAUAAAAAGAUAUUACUGGAGUAAUAAAAAGAUUUUUCGAAAGAUAAAAAUUGUAAGGUACACUAUGUAUCGUUUUCCGUUGAUAUAUUAUAUUUGUUUAUAAAAUUGGACAAUUUAUAGUUGCGUUUCAGUGAGAGUGAGUGUGGAUGUGUUUUUAAUCCAUUCGUAUAUUUUCAUAACCUAAGCUGUUACCUUGCCAUAAAAAAAUAUCUGUCAGUGUAAUCUGAAAUUCAUUAUAAGUAAUUGAUUCAGUCAAAACUCAUGCAAAAAUCACUGGAUAUGGAACCUGGUGACUGGACAGU